GAAAAAAAAAAACUUAUUUUCAUAACUCAGAAAUCUCUUUCCAAAAUUUGCACCUCUUCUUCAUCGUCAUCUUCAUCUUCUUCUUCAUUAUUAACCCUAAAUCUAGCCGCUACUAUCUCUCUCUCUAGGUUUCUCUCUCUCUACCUGUAUCUCUAUCUCUUGUGUCUACUUCACAGCUUAGAAGUUUUUCACAUUGAAAUCGUCACAGCUCAAGGAGAAGGAGCUAAUCGGUUUCUCAUUUUUGGAAACUCGAGCGGAGAUCUGAAAGUUUUUGUUCUGGAUCGAUCCUGCUCCGCUCUCUUCAUCUUCCGAUCAUCUUUAUUUUUGAAGUAUUAUCUAGCAUCGAUCUUCUGGUAAUCUAAAGAGGUGACCGUAAGAAAAAUAAUUUUACAUCUUGCAUGGAGUAAGAAUGCCAGAGUUAAGAAGUGGAGCAAGGAGAUCGAGACGCCUUGACGAUCAGCCUAACCCUCAGCUAGUUGAACAAGCAGAAAAUAUCGCACUUCCUCCUCAGACUGCAACAAGAAGAAGAGGUGGUGGUAGAGGAAGGGGGAAUGCUGCUUUAGCUAAAGGGGCGGUACCUCCAAGACCAACAGCUGCCGGUAGGGGCAGGGGUAUCAGGUUGACAGACUUAGAGCCAGAACCUUGUGAGGUUCGCCCAGCUGCAGGUGCUCUAGGGGCCGCUGAACCUGCUUUAAAUCGAGCUGAAGGGGCAGCUGAUAAGGAUAUUGCUGUGGAAGGCGGUAGCGCAGAGAAAAUAGCUGCCAUGGACGAAGAUUCCAGCAUGGCUCCAGUCCCUGAAAGGGUCCAAGUUGGAAAUUCUCCUGUUUAUAAGACGGAGAGGAAACUCGGUAAGGGUGGCUUUGGUCAAGUUUAUGUUGGCAGAAGGGUGAGUGGUGGCAGUGAUAAGAUUGGAGCUGAUGCAAUUGAGGUAGCUCUGAAACUUGAACAUCGAAAUAGUAAAGGCUGUAGUUUUGGCCCACCGUAUGAGUGGCAAGUGUACAAUACGCUCAAUAGCUGUUAUGGAAUUCCUGCUGUACAUCAUAAGGGUCGUCAGGGAGAUUUUUACAUUCUGGUCAUGGACAUGCUUGGCCCUAGCCUCUGGGAUGUUUGGAAUUCUAUGGCUCAAUCGAUGUCUCCACACAUGGUAGCGUGUAUUGCAGUGGAGGCGAUAUCUAUUCUUGAGAAACUGCAUUUGAAGGGGUUUGUGCAUGGAGAUGUGAAACCAGAAAACUUCUUACUAGGCCAGUCUGGCACAGCAGACGAGAAGAAACUUUACCUUAUCGAUCUUGGGUUGGCAUCAAGAUGGAAAGAUUCGCAUUCUGGCCAGCAUGUUGAAUAUGAUCAAAGACCAGAUGUAUUCAGGGGAACGAUAAGGUAUGCAAGUUGUCAUGCACAUCUUGGUCGUACUGGAAGUCGGAGAGAUGAUCUGGAAUCUUUGGCUUAUACAUUAAUAUUUCUGAUACGAGGAAGGUUACCAUGGCAAGGUUACCAAGGCGACAACAAGAGCUUUCUUGUUUGCAAGAAAAAGAUGUCAACCUCUCCUGAACUGAUGUGCUGUUUUUGUCCUCCCCCGUUUAAGCUGUUCCUCGAGGCAGUUACUAAUAUGAAGUUUGACGAGGAGCCCAACUAUGCCAAACUUAUCUCGAUUUUUGAUACUCUUAUCGAGCCAUGUGCUAUAUCUAGACCAAUUCGAAUUGAUGGGGCUCUUAAGGUGGUUAUCUUUGGUUCUUAUGGUUUAUUUUAUCUAUUUAAAGUUAUUUCAUCUAGUGCUGAUAUUUUUAUUUUGCAUGAACAGGUUGGCCAAAAACGAGGAAGAUUGCUUAUCAAUUUGGAAGAAGAUGAGCAGCCGAGGAAGAAAAUCAGAAUCGGCAGUCCUGCUACCCAGUGGAUUUCAGUCUAUAAUGCACGUCGUCCUAUGAAACAGAGAUAUCAUUACAAUGUUUCAGACACAAGGCUGCACCAGCAUGUAGAGAAAGGUAACGAGGAUGGCCUUUUCAUAAGCUGUGUAGCAUCAGCAGCUAAUCUCUGGGCUCUCAUCAUGGAUGCUGGGACUGGGUUCAGCUCUCAAGUUUAUGAAUUGUCCACAGUCUUCCUACACAAGGACUGGAUUAUGGAACAAUGGGAAAAGAACUACUAUAUCAGUUCCAUAGCUGGUUCAAAUAACGGGAGCUCGUUGGUAGUUAUGUCGAAAGGAACUCCUUAUACUCAGCAAUCGUACAAAGUCAGCGACUCAUUCCCAUUCAAAUGGAUUAAUAAAAAGUGGAAAGAAGGAUUUCAUGUAACGUCCAUGACCACCGCUGGGAGUCGUUGGGGUGUAGUAAUGUCCAGGAACUCAGGCUAUUCUGAACAGGUAGUGGAGCUUGACUUUUUGUACCCAAGUGAAGGAAUCCAUCGAAGAUGGGAGAGUGGGUACAGGAUAACAUCAAUGGCUGCAACAGCAGAUCAAGCAGCUCUCAUAUUGAGUAUACCUAAACGAAAAAUAUCCGAUGAAACCCAAGAGACUCUCCGCACUUCUGCUUUCCCAAGCACUCAUGUCAAGGACAAAUGGGCGAAAAAUCUGUACAUUGCAUCAAUAUGCUAUGGUCGGACAGUUUGCUGAACAAACGCGCAGAGUACACCGUUUCAACCUCUCUCGCCUUACAACUUGAAGCUUCGGUUUCAGUACAAUCCAAAGGUGUAUCUUAACCAGGAGCCAACCUAUGUGACUGUGUAAUGAAAUGAAAUUUGUCUCUCGUAUGUAUGUAGUAAAGUACAAGAUAAAAGUUACAUGAAAAAGAAAAAAAAAGGAUGUAGGAGAGAUGCAUUAUUAGUAGAAUCGAAUGGCUUAUUGUUGUAUACCUGAUUUGAGUACAGAAUCAGGAUGAAGCAACAUGUUUGUUGUAGCGAACAUAUAAAUCUGAGAUGGCUUUGAUCUUUUGGUCU